AACAAUUAAACUUCGUCAUCAACUUAUCAGCCCUCUGAUUAUUGUUAAGAGAAACGUUGAUUGCUAAUAAGGUGGUUGUUAAUAUGGAGGCGGUAGCGGGGCUCGACAGGCGCGGCGAAUAGUUCGAGUCGGGUGGUGCGUGCGACGCAAGGGAUGCAGCCCGGACCGGCGAGCGGCGGUGGUGGCGGUGGCCAGCGGCCGGCGCUCUCAGUGUCGCUCAGUUCGCGGCGCGCGGUGGUCGUGCGUCGAGCGCGCGUCAUGUCUACGAGAUGAGGCUGGCUCUGGUGUUACUGUGGCUGGGCGCGGCGGCCGCCUGCGGCCCGGGCCGAGGCUUCACCAACCGCCCGGGGCCGCGGCACCGUCUCUACCCCCUCGUCUUCGGUCAGCACGUGCCCAACAUCAGCGAGGACAACGGCCGCGCCAGCGGCCCCCCCGAGGGUCGCAUCAUCAGAGACGAUGAAAAGUUCAAAGACUUAGUACCUAAUUAUAAUCCGGACAUCGAUUUCAAGGAUGACGAGGGUACGGGCGCCGAUCGCCUCAUGACCCAGAGGUGCAAAGAGAAGCUAAACACGCUCGCGAUCAGCGUGAUGAACCAGUGGCCGGGCGUGCGCCUGCGCGUCAUCGAGGGCUGGGACGAGGAGGGCUCGCACUUGGAGCACUCGCUGCACUACGAGGGCCGAGCGGUCGACGUGACGACUAGCGACCGUGACAGGAGCAAAUAUGGCAUGCUGGCCCGGCUCGCGUACGAGGCGGGGUUCGACUGGGUGUUCUAUGAGAGCCGGUCGUAUAUACACUGCUCCGUGCGAACAGAAUCGUCCAGCGGCAUGGGCGCCGGCUGUUUCCCCGGCGAUGCGGUGGUGCACACGCCAGAGGGCGCGCGCGACAUCGGCACGCUGAGGAUAGGCGACCGAGUGCUGGCUGCCGAUGAUAGCGGCAAGAUGGUGUACUCAGAGGUUGUAACAUUCAUCGACCGAGAUCCAAACGCGACUCGAAGAUUCAUAGAAAUAACAGCAGAGAACGGCGUAGCGAUCACGGCUACUCCGUCGCAUCUGAUCCUGCUGGCGGCCGCGGACGGCUGGCGGGAGGCGUUCGCGGGCGAUGUGCGGCCCGGAGACGUACUCCUCACGCGAGGGACUGGAGUUGUCAUGCGGCCGUCCCGCGUCACACACACGAGGCCUGUGCACAAGCGCGGCGUGUACGCGCCGCUGACCAAAACGGGCACGGUGAUCGUCGACGACGCGCUGGCGUCUUGCUACGCCGUGGUGUCGAGCCACUCGCUGGCGCACGCGGCCAUGGCGCCGCUGCGCUGGGCCGCCGGCUGGAGCUCGGCCGAGAGCCCGCGCGGCGUGCACUGGUACGCCAGCGCUCUAUACUAUGUCGGGGACGCCGUGCUACCGUCCUCGUACUCCUACCAUUGAUAUUGUUAAGUGAAAGUGGAACUUGCCGCGUCGCACGCGGGUCGUGCACCGCUCGGACGAAUGUAAAUAGAACCCAGUGUAAAUACCCCGCCAUUGUAAAUAUAUUCGACUAUAUAAAUGUUCGACAACGAUUUAUAUAUGUAUCCGAUAGGAAUUAAUUUAUUAAGUAGUCUUAGGACGUAAGUUGAGAUCGCAUAGGUAUUAUUUAGUUCAAAGUUUUGAAUAUUUGUAAAUUGUGUCGGUAUUGUUAUUCUGCACAAUGCAGAAAUAAUUAAAUGUAUGCGCUUAUGUCUUUUUAAGUAUUUACCAGAUAACUGUAAGUGAACGAGUUAGAGAUGUAGGGUGCGGACUAAAGUUAUUUUUUGUAGCGAUUCCGGUAAUAGUAUGGCUUGUUCAGUCGGCCGUCUGAUCCUCACAGUUAUGAUGUUAUUUUGCGUCUGUAUUUUGUUAGUGAACAUUCCACGCGUCUAAUCGUUUGGCUUACUAACAUAAAUGGGUCAAUUACAUAUUAAUUUUGAGUUAAAACUUUGAAUUUAUUAUUUGAAUUAGUCAAAACUCCCAUAAUUUAGUAAAAUAAUUAAAAUUUAUUUCGUUUUGACACACCGCGCCUGUAAAUUGAGAAAUUGGAAUCACUGAAAGUCCGUUUACUUUAACAACCCAUAAAUACGUCCAGUGUGCGUAGCCGAACGCCCAAACGCUACGACGAUUCGCUCACGAUUCGCUCACAAUUCAUUCACGAUUUGUGAGCGUUUCGUGAAACGUUUUUGCAUUCGGCUACGCACACUGGGCAUCAUUUGCGAAUAUGAUAGCUAGGUAACGGAUAAGUUUCAGUUUCCUUAGCUUUCGAAAACUGAAUGGAAGUUGAACGUUAUUUAGUGUAUGACCCUUAUGCACGAACAUCAUUAGAAAAUGAUAAAAUUGUGAUCUUGGUACCUAAAACAGUGCCUUAAGAUUUAUUUAUUGUUAUUUAUAAGCUUCUUAUUUAUAAAUUGACGAUAACUAAUAGAUUUAACUAAAGCCUAUCCACCUUAACUUAUUUUCGCAUGACAUGUCUCCCGCUUCCUUUCUUAAUUUAUUUUUCUUUCGAUUCUUCAUUAAUUUAUGGCUUCUUGUUUAUAU